AUGUUCAUAUUCGUCGGCGCCGGAUUUUUAUGUACUUUCGCGAUCAACAAAUGGCGUGAGAUCGAGAGAAACUCGCUUCUGAAACAACAGGAGAAGAAUCAACAAGUAGAUGGAGGUUUAUUGCCUGCAGAUUCGAUUCAGAAAGCAAUGAAAUGA